GUAAUACGACAAAGCAAGUGAGGGAAAAAAAAAUAAACAACCCUCAUAAGCAAAAUUAAGUAUCAUUCAUCGAGUCACUACAUCGGCAGGAUCUACCCUUUUACUUUACUUAGUUACAAUAUAGGAGUAAGCCACAAACUAUAAUCAUCAAAUUAAUACCUGUACACAAUUAAGCUCAUUAAGUAUUAUUAGGCAGGACCUCAUCAAUUGCAUCACAUCACCUUUUUGAAAAAGUUUGCAUACAAUCUCACAAACGUUUUUCACAAGGGUUUUUAUAAUUGUUUGUAUAGUAAUUUCAAUUCUUUGACAUAUAAAUAUCUGUCUGUGUCACCACAGUUUUUUUUUUAAUUCAAUUUUAAAGUUUUAAUGGAUAAUGAAUGAUAUAGACUCAGGAAAGUAUAUAGAUUUGUCAUCCUAUCCUAAACAUCCUAAUAAUAAUAUCAUCAAUAGUAAUAAACCAUUAUCCCAAAGUUAUCAUUUCGGUUCAUCACCCAACCCCACUAAUCGAGAUUUUUUAUAUUCUGGUCAACUACCUUCAACCAAUAAUAAUAAUAAUAAUAAUUCAAGUUUACAACAAUUUCAAUAUAAUUCAGAGUGGUUAGAUACUCCUGAUAAUUCUCCAUCCAAACCAGGAAGUAAUAAUAAUAGCAAUAUGUCUUCAACUAUAAUUACUUCAAAAUAUGAAACCCCACUAUCGAAAAAGGCUACUGCCAUAUAUAUAACUCCAACUUCAGAAAAAGUUUAUGAUAUUGUCCCAUCUAAAAAUGAUUCAGGUUUAGAUAUUAAUAGUACUACUGCAUCAUUAUCAUCAUCUAUGAUAUCUAAAAGGGAUAUUCCAACAACCAUUAAAAUAUCUAAUUGGGAUAUAUUUUGGGCCAUGUUAAAUGAUAUUGUUGGUAAAGAUAAAAUGGCUAAGAUUGGUCAAUAUACUUUAAGAUUGUUAAUAUAUUAUGCGGGACAAGUACAAACAAAAUUAAGUGAUGAUGUAAUAAAUAUCAAUAUAAUAAAUUCUAGAUAUAAUGAUUCUAGUAAAAAGCUAGAAUUACUAAAGAAUUUUCUGAAACAUCCAGCUGAUUUCAUAAAAAUAUUGGUAAUUUUUGUAAGUUCAACUUUUAAAUUAAGAUUUCAAGGAAUGGUUAAUGGUUUAUCAACUUAUAGACAAUUCCUUAGAUUUGGUAAAACUCCGUUUAGAAUUCAUGAUCUUGCCAUAAAAUUUAAUAAAAAUAUUAAUUAUAAAGAGAAUCAAUUAAAUGUGAAUUAUUCAGGCUUAUUUAAUAGGAAAACUUUAGGUCAAUUACUUUCACUUUAUUAUGGUAUAAAUGAUGAAUCACUUUUAUUAUUUAAAUUAAAAUUCUUUUCUAAUCCAACUUUUAAAUCAAUAGUAGCUCGUCAUGAAUCAUUUGCAUGGUAUUCUGAAACUUGGUUUGCUAUGUAUAAUGCUAUUGAAAAAUUAUCAAAGUUGAAUCAACAAGAAAUGGAUAUCAAGAUUCAGAUUCAAGUACGGAAUAAAGCCAAGAUCUUAUCCCGACAAUUACUUCUCAAUAAUAAUAAUAAUAGUAAUAAUAAAACGGCAUUUGAUAUGUCGAAUUCAUCAAAUAAUGAUGAUUUAAAACUUUUGAAUGAAAUUCAAUUCAAGAAAAAUAAUGUUUAUUUGGAUAUAUAUAAGAAUUUAUCCGAUUUGAUAUUUAAUUCAUAUACUGUAUUCAAAAUGAAAUUACCAUUUGAUACAAUCCAAAUAUGGAUGGGAAUUAGUGCAUCUGUAUUGAGUACUAUAAAGUUAUAUCGUGAAACUAAGAAGAAGUUAAUUGAAAAAGAAUUAAAUAAGUAGAUAUAUAUAUAUAGAUAUUCU